CGUCAGGCGGCCGCCAUGCAGGCAGCGGCCGUUACCCGGCGCAACGGCGGCGGCGCCAUGAGGGAGGGCGGCGAGCCCGAGGGGCUGGCGCUGGAGCUGGAGCGGGAGCGGGGCAAGAAGCAGAUGCUUGAAAACUCAAUAUUUGAAUUGAGAAACACAGUAAAAGAACUGGAAAAGAGACUUAGCAGUGUUCAAGAUGAAGGUAAUGAAUGGAAAACCAGAUACGAGAUGCAAGUAGAAUUGAAUAGACAGCUGGAAAGGCAAAUUAGUAUACUAAAAGACAAAAUGGAGCUUAUUCGUGGAAACCCAACAGAUAAAUUGUCCAUUGUUCGUAUCUUUGAUCAAAUGCCUGUGGGUUCCUUGAAGGAGGUUCUUAAACAACUAGAAGAAGAGAAGAAAAUUCUCCAGAAUCAGAUAAAAGAUUAUGAACUUAGACUGGAACACGAGGCUAAGGCUUAUCACAAAGCUAAUGAUGAGCGGCGCAUGUACCUCUCAGAGAUCUUACAGACUUCAUCUACACUUAAAAUUGUUGAAAGGCAAAAAACAGAUGCUCUGACAGGCCAGGGAGAAAGCCAGAUACUGAGAGGGAGUUGCAGCAUUCCACGAAACCUGAAGAUGGUUAAUCCCCAAAAAGGACUGAUUAAAAGGACUGUAGGAGUGAAGCAGCUUCCAAAACUAAAUCACUGAUUUAAUAUACAUGCAAAGAAUUCCAAUCGCGUUUCUUCUUCUUCUUUUUCUUUUUUUUUCUUUUUACUGAAAAUUUCUAAAUUCAAAAUGAAUGUAUUUGUGCCGCAUUAUACCGAGCCCAGACCAGCACAUCUUCUUGGCAGCCUUAGUGUAAGUGUUCCUCUUUGCCUGAUGGAAUUGUUCUUCUAGUUGCCAUCCUUGUUCUGGUGAGCUCUGACCUUUUCCAUUCUGGUUCUCAUCAGUGAUUCUGGGCAUCAGGGAACUGGGAGCCUUGGAGGACAUUUCAUUUGUUUAUAUCCAAUGUAGAUCCUUGAACUCUGACUGCACAAUAACUUGAAAAUAAAUAAGCCUUUAACAUUUUUGACCUCUCAACCAAGAAGAAAAAAAAAAGGCAGUAAUUUAAUCUGAAAUGUAAUCUCUCUACCCAAAUAGUGAAUCACAGAGAAAAUUCCAUCCAAGGACAUCCCCCCUUGGUGUAGCAGCAAAGACAGCCUCUCAAGUAGCUUGGUAUUGGUACAGCUGAACACACCUUUCAUUUGGCUUUUGAAAAGACCAAAGUUUAUUAUCCAGUCUGAUUUCUUACAUGACACCGUACAGUAGAGUUCUUUUACAAUAUCAAAUUGUUUUUUGUUCCAUGAACUUUACUGCUCCAACAGAGAGAUGAAACACCUCCAAAUUUAACUUUUUAAAAAGCUGCCAUGCCAUAGAUCCCAUGUUUACCACUACCUUUCCUUUGCAUGGUUUAGAAGCAUGCCUCCAUAUCCAGAUCUUCAGGCACUAGUUAUGGGGAGAAAUGAAAGAAAAAAUGAACAUUUUUUUAUUAAGGAUUCUUUAGAGCCUAUCUUGUGGAGGGCUGUUCCUUUUAAACACUACAUACACUUUAUGUUUCCUGAUAUGCUAUGCUGCUAAAUGGGAAUUUGAAUUCUCAGAUUAAUUUUUGUAUCCACAGCCUGGGUUCCAUCAAAAUCUCUAUGUAUUCUUCAGUGGCACUGAUCCAUGUAUUUUUAGGGUCCAUAAUAUUGCCAGUCUUUAAAGCUGAUCUCUUCAAUGAACAGUAGGACUACAUUGAAUUUUCAUUGUUAAGCAUGCAAGUAUUGUUGCAGUUUCAUUACCUACAACAUUUUAGUCAUUAAACUUUGACAGAAUUUUUUUAAGUGGCAACAGAAAAAAAAAUGUUUUGAUAAUGAAGUUCCAAGCCUCUGGGUUACAUCUUAAAAGCUCUUGGCAGAGCAAAUGUGAUUGAUUGACUGCCCUUUAUUAUUUUAAGAGCAUCCCUAGCGCUUUGCAAUACCUAGUAAGGCUUUUUGCCUCUUUAAGAGCAGUACAAAUAGUUCCUUAUUACUGGCAGCAUUAAAGUGAGGCUGUAAUUAAACUCUUACAAAAAGAUCAAUGAUGUCAUCCUAAAACGCAGAAAGAGAAGACCUGCAGUAUUGUGCAGCAUAUUCAGUAUGCAAACCUCAUGUAUUCUCUUACACAGGGUGGGAUGUAUUACAGAUAUUUCUAAUGUUACUAUGAUGCACCUGGUAUCAUUCUUUCUUUAGCAGGCUGGUCGGCAUAGCACAGCUGAUUAGGGUAGCACUCUUCCGUUCCUGUUUUUUACAUGGAAAGUUUCCAAAUUCUGAUUGUGCUGGCAUUUGUCCUUGUGGAGAAGGAGAUGGAAAAAAAAUCACUAUAAUAGUUGUGUUGGCACAAAAGACAAGGGACAUCUGCAGUAGUGAAGAAUAUCCAGUGCUUGGAUUCAUGCAGCAAACAUUUAUUACUGCUCCCUCUGAAUCAAAUGUUAGUCAAUGUAUUCAACUUCAGGCCCUGUAACACCUCAAAAGGACUGAAAACUUUGUGCAAGCAUGGCAGAACAGCAUCUGUUCAAAGCAGGAGACUUGAUCACUUCCCUCAUUGGUAGUCCUUACUAAGGUAACAGUUUUGAAGCUUAAAAAGAGACUUUUACUGGUACAGUUGGUGUAGUAAUGACCUGAGGAGAGGAGCAGACUGUGUCUCUCUUAGUCCCUGUUUCAGCUUGCCAGGAUCAAGCUCAGGAUUUGAAACUCAGCAGUAUGAUAAUUAAGCCCUGAAACAUGUGUUUCACCAUUCUAAUUACAUGUCCAGCUGUAGCAUUUGCUUUGCAAAGUGGUUGUAGUUCUCUACUAAUACUGUUUAAAUUGGCAUUUCAUUCUCCUCAUGUCUUUCUGAAAAUAAGCGCAUGCUGACGACUAAGUUUGUUGAGUCGAGUUUCUUUGCAACAGCAAAAAGGUAGUUCUUGGUUUCAAAAGAAAACUAUGAAUUAUGGUUUCAAAAGAAAUACAAGAACUUUGGUGAAAACCAA